GUUGGAUACUCGAACCUAUCUUAUCUUACCUUUCUUAGCAUCCUUCAUUACCUCUUAUUCUUCUUCCUAACCAAUAUGAAGUCAAUCAUAUCUUCUUUGUUUGCUCUCUAUUUUCUUUCACUAUCAUCAUCAGCCCAUGCUCAAUGCCAUUUCCCGGCAAUCUUCAACUUCGGAGACUCUAACUCCGACACUGGUGGUCUCUCCGCCGCCUUUGGCCAAGCUGGUCCUCCUCACGGCAUUUCCUUCUUCGGCUCACCAGCGGGAAGGUACUGCGAUGGUCGCCUAGUCAUUGACUUCAUAGCUGAGAGUUUUGGAAUACCGUAUCUAAGUCCGUUCCUAGACUCGGUUGGUUCAAACUUCAGUUAUGGUGCUAACUUCGCGACGGCGGGAUCUCCCAUCAGAGCUGUCAACACAACUUUUCGUAGAACUGGAUACAGUCCAUUUUCACUUGAUGUUCAGGUUGUACAAUUCUCCAACUUCCACAAUAGGUCCCAAACAGUUCGGAGUCGUGGAGGAAUUUAUACGAAGAUGCUGCCUGAAGCCAACAUUUUCUCCAAGGCCUUGUACACUAUUGACAUCGGUCAAAACGAUCUCACCGCUGCUUACUUCGCCAAAAAGACUGUAAAAGAAAUUGGAACCACGGAUGUUCCUGAGCUCAUCAGCCAGUUCAAGACUGCUGUCACGAAUAUUUACAAAGAAGGAGGGAGAUACUUUUGGAUUCACAACACAGGACCUAUCGGUUGUUUAGCGUACGUGAUUGAAUGGUUCCCUCUUCAAGCAUCAGACUUUGAUGCAUACGGAUGUGCCUCUCCUUUGAACCAUUUAGCUCAACAAUUUAAUGACGCCUUGUCACAAGCCGUUACCGAGCUUAGAACUUCUUUGUCUGAAGCUGCCAUUACUUACGUAGAUGUCUACUCUGUCAAAUAUGACUUGUUUGCUCAUGGACAGAGCCAUGGGUUCAAUACACCGUUGGUUUCUUGCUGUGGGCAUGGAGGGAAAUACAACUACAACAGGAAGACUGGUGGGUGUGGGAAGAAGAUUACUGUUGAUGGCAAAGAGAUUUUGAUUGGAAAGUCUUGUGAUGAGCCUGGGAAGGCUGUUGUGUGGGAUGGUAUACACUUCACUCAGGCUGCUAAUAAAAUCAUAUUCGAUAAGAUUGUAACUGGAUUAAACAUGGCUUGUCACAAGCAGUGAACGUUUUCUUCGUUUUAUAUUAGUGUCUUAAAAAAAAGGGCACAAGUUUGUGUGAAGAAACUGAAGACUCCUAUGCUCUGGCUGUCACUGAUAUAAACUUUUAAGAUUUGGUAGUAAGAUUUUUGGUGAGAUAGUUCAUACAUUUGUCAUAUGUGUGGUUGCUUUACUUCUUGUUUAGUUUUUAACACAAGGAGUUGGAAGCAUACAUACAUAGAAAAACUGACUUUGAAAAGCAUCCAUAUAACUCAGAAUUUAUCAACAACAAAACUCGUUUUGUAUC